CAUCGCUUCACAUCUAUAUCAUUGAACACAUUGGUCGAGAUAGAUGCCAUGAGGGCGGUUACACCAUAUUGCAACUUAUACACUCUAUUUUCCCAACAAAAAAGAAUCAUUUCUUUUAUUGUUUGAUGACAUCAUGGAAAACAUCACGACCACCCAUAUUGUCACGGAUGCUAACUCCCCGGACUAUCCGUUUCUUCUCGCCUUCUACAAGCUUGUGUCACAUUAUCUUUGGGUGAUCCCUGUCGCGAUUGGCGUCCCUGGAAAUAUCAUAGCGAUACUUGUGACCAACAGAAGGCACAACAGAGGAUUAUCUGCUUGCAUUUACAUGAAGGCAAUGGCAAUAGCAGACACGCUUGUACUUAUUCAGUAUGCAUUUGCCCUUCCAAUAAUGUAUUGGGACAUAGGAAAAAGCAUUGUGCACAUGAGGGACGUUUUUUUCAUAUUCCAUCACUUUGUGGCGUAUACUUACGCAAUGUUGUCGGGUUUUUUUCUCACUGAGAUGAGUGUAGACCGUUUGAUAGCUGUGAGGUUUCCGAUGGCUACAACCCGUCUAUGCACCGCUUCAAGAGCUGUCAAGACAGUGAUCAUCACCACUGUCCUGGUCGUCCUCUACAAUAUACAGAUACCAUUUGUCAUGGCUUACUUCAGAGAUUCAGAGACAGGGGCGGAGGCAUUGGUAUUUCAUGUACCAGAGUACCCCUUUGCUGCGCUUCUAGCCUCCUUGGGCCAGACACUCCUGGGAACAUUUAUACCAUUCGUGAUCAUACUGGGUAGCAACAUCAUCAUCAUCAUCACUGUCAAAAUAGCAUCGGAAAAACGAGCGCAGAUGAGAACAGGUCAAGGUCAAGUUGAGACCAAUCAGAAGCAAGAGCAACAUUUGACCCGGAUGUUGAUAUUUGUCAGCUGCGCAUAUGCUGUGACGUCAUUGCCGUUCCGUCUGUUCAUUAUGUUAUUGGACGUUCCGGCAAUUGGAGAUAUGUACGAUAUGGAGAAUAUUUACUGGAAUCUGCGAUAUACUAUACAAGCGUUUUUCUUGUUGAUAAUUUGGAUGUUUAAUUACGCAGUUAACUUCUAUCUUUAUUGUAUUGGCGGAGGUGCCAAAUACAGGAACGAUGCGAAGGAAGUUUGUAAGCCGUUAAUUUCUUGUUUCACAAAACUGGAGAAAGCAAAGGGGAAUUAACGAGCCAUGUCACGUGCUUGCUGGCUGCAAUUGGUCCCCCGUUUUGACUGAAUUGUUUGCCGUGUAAGAAACUUUGGAAAUAUAUUGUUUAAAUUUGAAGUUCUAUGUAAUCUGCAAUAAUUUAGUUCGGUGUACGCCUGCUGGAGGACCGUCCAGUAUCUACAUGCAUAUUCUAUUGAAGGCAAUUUCGCUCGACUAUCGUUGUGGCCUACUUUUACAGGUUCUUGGGCGGUGAGAAUGAACCUUCUAUAACAUGUCUAAUUUCAUUAUAAGUCUGGUAAGCUAGCCUCGGUAAGCUAGACUCGGCCUGAUGAACAUGUGGACGAUAGGCUUGGGCUUGCAAAAUUGGUUCCAUUCAGAAACUCCCGUAUGACGUAUGAUGCAUCAGACUUAGUCGGCAAACUGUCGUGCAGAUAUUGCAUUGCUCGUACGAACUCUUAAAUAUCUGCACGACAGUGA